AUGAAUGACACCUACAAGAGGCUCUCCCGUGCAACCUUUGCAAAAUGCCAGGCCAUUUGGAACAAAACUGGCCGGUCUCAUUUGGCUAAUGAAGUGGUAGAGGACAAGUGUGAGCUACAGAUCAUUCGUCCCAAUGCAACACGGUGGAAUUCAACCUACCUUGCCAUUGAAAGGAUAAUACGCAUCAUUGAUGAGAAGGGGGAAGAUGCCAUCAGGAGUAUUUGUGAGGAGUUCAAGGUGAAAAUGUUGAGUCCUGCAGAAGUUGCAUUCCUAAGGGAGUACUGUACCACCAUGAAGCCACUGGUGAAAGCUUCAAACAUCCUUCAGUCUGAGUCCACUUCCUUUAUGGGAUGUCUCCUGCCAGUAAUCCAACAACUACUGUCCAAACUUAGCAGGCUGGAGACAUCAAGCAAUACAUGCGUGCCACUCAUCAGAGCCCUGCAAAAUGGCCUUCAAAAGUGUUUUGGACCUAUGAUGGAGGAUCCAGAGUUGGUUGCAGCUGCAGUCCUCUUACCCAAGUUCAUGACUUCCUGGACUGACAGAGCAGAUGUAAUAGAGGCUGCCUUGACAUACAUCAAACAACAUCUUGAAACGACGGAGCAUGAGAGUGAAGAUCAGCAAAGAAAGUCAUCUGAUGAAGAUGAAUUCUUCUCCAGAAGGCUGCAAAGUGCAGUUGAGCUUGAUGGUUAUCUUGCUUGUGCCACAGACACCAUGGAGCUGCUGCACUCCCCAGCCAUCAAAAACCUCUCUCUUAAACUGAACACUGCUCUGCCUGCUUCUGCUGCGUGUGAACGACUUUUUAGCUGUGCUGGUCUACUCUUCACAGCCAAAUGA